AUGACAGUGGGAGGAAAAUAUCGUCCCCGAUGUUUCUUUGAUGUAGAACUCGGUGGACAGCCAGCUGGGAGAAUAAUCUUUGAACUGUUCUCAGAUGAAUGCCCUAAAACUUGUGAAAAUUUCAGAGCUUUAUGCACUGGAGAAAAAGGGGUAUCUGAGAAGAGUAACAAGCCCCUCCAUUAUAAAGGAUCUCCAAUUCAUCGUAUAGUGAAAGAUUUCAUGAUACAAGGUGGUGAUUUCACUAAAGGCGAUGGAACUGGGGGUGAAUCAAUUUAUGGAGGGACGUUUCCUGAUGAAAAUUUCAUCUUGAAACACGAUAAAGAAUUUCUCCUCUCCAUGGCAAAUCGUGGCACAAAUACAAACGGUUCUCAAUUUUUUAUUUUAACAAAGCCAGCUCCACAUUUGGAUGGUAUUCAUGUGGUAUUUGGUCAGGUGAUAAAAGGACAAGAAAUAGUGAAAACAAUGGAAGCACAGGCCACUGAUUCUAAAAGUCGACCAACUCAAGAUAUUAAGAUUUCUAAUUGUGGCGAGUUAGUUCUUCAACUUAAAGCUAAAGGUAUGCAGUUUCAGCCAUUUUCGAAAGAGGAAGGUUCAGGGACAGAAGAUUCAUCCAGUUCCUCAGACACAGAGUCCAGUUCUGCAGAGGACAAAAACAAGAAAAAACGUAAAAAGAAACAUAAGAAGAAAGAUUCCAAAAGAAAAAAGAAGGAGAAAAAAGCCAACAAAGAAAAAGAAAAGCUUGAGAAAGAAGAAAAACAAAGAGAGAAAGAUAAAAUAACGACAGUAUUUGGUGAUAUACGUCCAGAUGAGAUACCUGACAUACCAAAUAAUUUCCUGUCCAGGGAUAGAGUUAAAAAUCCUGAUGAUCCCAACCAAGAGAAUGGUAGACGUUCCCCACCAGGUUAUGGACAGAGAAGAGACAUUCAACCAUAUUCUUACCGCUCACGAGCUCACUAUUCUAGUACAGGAAGGAGAAUAAAGGGAAGAGGAACUAUGGUACGUAAAACAAGAAAUGAAAAUAACAGUUUGACAAGAAUGAAAAUAACAAGAUUUCACUCAAGAAGUAGAAGUCGGACUCCACCACAUUGGAGACGAGAAGAAAGUCGAUUAAAACCCCUAGACCAGGUUGAAAAAGAAAAGGCAGAGAAGGAAAGGUGGACAAGAGGGGACAAAUUAGAGGGGCCAGGAGAAAACACCCAAGAUGCAAGAAAUAUGUUGAGUCAGAGAUUUGAAUCUGGACAAACACAGGCAGCUGCUGAAGGGUAA